ACGACUGGAUAAAAGAAACAAGUUCCAACACGCAGUGAAUUCGACGUGAAGUCCAUGUAAGAUGAUGUGAAUUUGAUCAAGCGGAUUGAUGAGAGGGAAAUAAAUGUACUUCGGGAUCUAACAGGACCUUACAAUAGCUUUCAUGAAUGUUUGGGAGUCUCCAGGUAGCAUUGCCAUUUUUGCAAAACGGGAAGUGUCAGCUCUCUGUGUGAGCCAUGGGCCCAAGAGCACAGCUCCUCCUCGGCCUGGUGCUUCUGGCGGCUUCACACGUACGGGCAGUCAGCUUUCCCGAAGACAACGUUCCCAUCGACUCCGUGGACUACCAUUACUCCAAACAGUAUCCGGUGUUUAGAGGGCGUCCUGCAGGCAAUGAAUCUCAGCACAGGCUGGACUUUCAGCUGAUGACAAAAAUUCAAGACACGCUCUUCAUUGCUGGCAGAGACCAAGUGUACUUAGUAAGUUUGCAAGAGACAUACAGAACGGAGAUCAUACCUUACCGGAAAUUAACAUGGAGGUCCGGUGAAGGGGACCGGAAAACCUGCGCCAUGAAGGGGAAGCACAGAGAUGAAUGCCAUAAUUUUAUUAAAGUGCUGGUUCCCAGAAACAACGAUCUUGUGUUCAUCUGCGGCACAAAUGGCUUUAACCCCAUGUGCAGAUACUACCGGUUGGAUAACCUGGAAUUUGACGGAGAGGAAAUAAGCGGCUUGGCGAGGUGCCCAUUCGAUGCCAAGCAGACUAACGUGGCCCUCUUUGCUGACGGGAAGCUUUACUCCGCCACUGUGGCGGACUUCCUGGCCAGCGAUGCGGUCAUCUAUCGCAGCAUGGGGGACGGGUCUGCCCUAAGAACCAUCAAGUAUGACUCAAAGUGGUUAAAAGAACCGCACUUCCUGCAUGCCGUGGAUUAUGGGAAUUACGUGUAUUUCUUCUUCAGGGAAAUCGCAGCUGAGCACAAUAACUUGGGAAAGGCGGUGUAUUCCCGCGUGGCGCGCAUAUGCAAGAAUGACGUGGGCGGAUCGCAGCGUGUGCUGGAAAAACACUGGACCUCCUUCGUUAAGGCUCGCCUAAACUGCUCCGUCCCGGGGGAGUCCUUCUUCUAUUUCGAUUUCUUGCAAUCCAUCACAGACAUAAUAGAAAUCAAUGGAAUCCCUACCGUGGUCGGCGUGUUUACCACUCAGCUGAAUAGCAUUCCCGGCUCUGCAGUUUGCGCAUUUUCGAUGGCGGACAUCGAGAAGGUUUUCCGAGGCAGAUUCAAAGAACAGAAGGCGCCCGAUUCCGUGUGGACGGCUUUUCCGGAAGACCGGCUGCCAAAGCCCAGGCCUGGCUCCUGUGCGGGAUAUGGCUCUGCAGAGGCAUACAAAACCUCUAUUGAAUUCCCGGACGAGACUCUGCUUUUCAUCAAAUCCCACCCUCUGAUGGAGGCGGCCGUACCAUCUGUCAACGAGGAGCCUUGGUUCACCAAAACCCGGGUCAGGUACAGGCUGACUGCCCUGGCAGUUGAUAAUUCGGCCGGCCCCCACCAAAACUACACGGUGGUUUUUGUUGGCUCUGAAGCUGGUGUGCUCCUCAAGGUCCUGGCGAAGACGUUUCCCUUCUCCCUGAAUGACAGCGUGCUUCUGGAGGAGAUCGAUGUCUUUAACCGAGCCAAGUGCCUGUACGGCAGCGAGGAGGACCGUCGCAUCGUGUCGCUGCACCUGGACCCAGAGACACGCGGCCUGUUCGUGGCCUUCCCCAGCUGCGUGGUCAGGCUCCCCCUCAGCCGCUGCGAGCGGCAUGGCUCCUGCCAGAAGUCUUGCAUCGCGUCGCGUGAUCCAUACUGUGGGUGGAUGGGACACGGGGCCUGUGAAACGCUCCGACCAGGCGUGCUAUCUGGGUUCGAGCAGGACGUGGAGUUUGGCAACACAGCCCGACUGGGAGACUGUCAUGAAUUUUUGGCUACUACAUCUACGCCAGAUUACAAAUCAUUUGGCGACCCAACAUCUGACGUGGAGUUGUCAUCAGCGUCAGUCACAACAGUGGCGUCUGGCCGCAUAAAGUCACCCCAAAUCAUAGCCACUCAGACACCUGAACCGUUUGGUUCGGGGAAAUUUGUCCUCCAAGAUGACGCAGCCACUUCACAUUCUUUUGAGUCAUUCCCAGGUAUCCCGGAUGGUGUUUGGGAAGUGCAGUCGGGGGAGUCCAGCCAGAUGGUGCACAUGAACGUCCUGGUCACCUGCGUGUUUGCGGCUUUCCUGCUGGGGGCACUCAUCGCGGGAAUGGUGGUCUACUGCUACCGGGACGCCUUCCUACGGAAGCCCAGGAAGAUCCACAAGGAUGCGGAGUCGGCCCAGUCCUGCGCGGACUCGGGUGGGAGCUUCGCCAAGCUCAACGGCCUGUUCGACAGCCCCGUGAAGGACUACCAGCCCGACAUGGACUCCCCCAAGCUCUACACCAACCUGCUGAGCAACGGGAAGGACGUGGUGUCCAACGGAGAAACCAAGACUAUGAUCCUGAGCAGUCAGUGCCAGCCGCCAGAGCUGGCGGCCCUCCCUACCCCGGAGUCUACCCCCGUUCUUCAACAGAAGAGCCUGCAGCCCACCAUCAAGAACCAGUGGGAGAAGGCCCACAGCAAGGUCAACGGUCCUCGCCGGGAUUCUCCGCCAAAAAGCCCACAGUACUUCCCCAGCAGCCCUCCCCCACACUCACCGCCAGGACACGGCCACAUCCCAAGCGCUGUAGUUCUUCCCAACGCUACUCAUGAUUACCGGGCCUCCUUCUCCAAUGCAGCGGACGCGUUGCGUUCCGAACGGAAGGUCCAAAACGCGGAUCAACCCGCAAACUCCAGAUCCAGCAGGAAGGAUCACCGGCGCUCCGUGGAUGCGCGGAAUACACUCAACGACCUGUUGAAACAUUUUAACGAGGGCGGCAAUCCGAAAGCCAUUAUGGCGGACAUGCCCAGGUCCCGCCCGAACAUGGUGCUGGACCCCAUGAUGAGCAUGACGGAGAUACCGCCAAAAGUGCCGAGCAGGGAGGCAUCGCUGUACUCCCCCUCCUCGUCCCUGCCCAGGAACAGUCCCACAAAAAGGGUUGAUGUGCCAACCACACCGACCACGCCGACGGGACCGAUGAGCACGUUGGAAAGACAGAGGGGCUACUACAGGAACGCUUCGCAGAGGCAUUCCAUAUCGGCCCUUCCUAAAAACUCAUCCAACGGGGCUGUCGUAUCACGGCAACCCAGCAUGAACAGGGGGGGGUACAUGCCCCCCGCACCCCCAUCCCGGCUGGAUUCACACGGGGUGUCCAUGGGGGUCCACCAGCAGCCCUCAGUCUCCAGACAGAGCAGUUACAGUGGGCACGGGUCUCUACCCCGAACGGGGGUCAAGAGAGCGCCCUCUUUAAAACCAGACAUUCCCCCGAAACCCAACGCAUUUGUUCCACAGACUACGCAAAUGAGGGUAGUGAAUAAGUACAGUUACUGAAGUGUGCACACAGCUGGUUUCACUCUGUCGAGGAACUGAUGGCCUGAGGAGGGGUUUCUGUUGUUGCGGAAGUCCCAACUGACUGCACUGUUUGAAAAGGGAAAUUAAAGGUGGCCAAAGAAGCUACUUUGGGCAGUGUCUCAUCCUUGUUUCGAUUUACGUCUUUGAAAGUGUAAACCCACAGGCCCAUUGAAAAGUAUUCUUUUCUUUCUGCCCGAGGACACAUGUUGGUCCUGACAUCUGUUGUGUUCGUGUAUCUAGAGUCACGGAGAACAAACUGCAUGAGGGAACUUGGUUCUUCAUUUUAUGCAGGUUUUUGUUCUGGCAUUAGAGAUUUAACACGCAAGAAUACUUGAAGAAUGAGUUUCAUUACUCACUGCCACCGAGCACUGUCUUCCCAUUAAAUGUGAACAUUCACUAAACGAGAACAAAUGUAUACAUUUGUCAAGCUGGGCAAGAAGUCUAAAACAUUAAACAUAAUAUAUGUGGAAUCAAACAUAUAACCUUGACAAAAAAUGCAUCUACGGAUGAUUGUAGCAGAGACAUUUAUUUUGGGGUCCAUUGCUGGCCUCAAGAUGAAGGCUAGUCUGGUGUGUAACAUUCACACAGGCAAUAGAAUGCACUUAUAAUGUGCAGUCAGUCAGUAAAAAAUGAGAACAACUUCUUAGUCAUAAAGCAACUACUUUCUAAGGUACAUUAAUAUUAGAUUUUUAUGGACAUCAAUGGACGUUUUGUGGAAAUUCAUGUACAGAAUUUGUGGGGGUUAGCUGUACGUGCGAUUAAAGUCCAGGGUGCCUACUUGGACUACAGUUUUAACUCACUGGGAAAUUACUAAACGUAUUUGCUGCUAUUGGUUAAUAUGACAAUGUUGUUUGUGCAUUUUGGACUCAAAAGCAUUGUUUCCAUUUAGCUCUGGUUGUCUUGUUUGUGUGUGUGUGUGUGUGUGCAUCUUAGUUCUUGAGGUGUCAGGUCACUGACCUGCAACUACGUUUCUUCAUGGGAGGUUCAUCUGGAAGGUCAUUGUAUGCUUGCCCUCUUUCUGGGAGAGCGUACCGUUUUUGCAUAAGUCUGAUAGUCUCAUUAAAAAUGCUGUUUCUGGUCAUUUAAUAAACAGCCAGGGUGGGUCCGUAAAUCCAGAAGUGGUGCUUUUCCUCACAGUCUUGCCCUCAAGGCCAGUUUAUAGUUCGGCAAUGUAUUAUUAGGUGAUGGAUAUCGCUACAGCGUUCCCGCUGUCGCACAUUAAGUAUAAACUUAGAACACAUUGCCGUCGUGGAGUCAUUGCGAGCUCAAGACAUGGAAGCUAGCUGAUGACGCCUCACUAAAUAUAAUCACAGAUGAGAACAUUCUAUAAUACGGUUGUAGUACAAUGCAAUGCAGUUUAUGUCUCCAUGAUGGGUACAACGAUGAUAGUGACAACAUCAAAGCAUUCAUUGUUCUAGAAUAAAUUUAAAAUCUUUGCGACCGACCAUCAAAUCUGAUAAUCGCUGGUGGUAAGGAUCAUUCAUCAGCGAACUAUAAACAGGCCUUCAGUCUCGUCGAGGCCUAGACUGCAAGGCCGCCAUGUGUUUGGAAGCGAGGCUCAUCUUUGAGGAACCUCGGACAGUGCAUCUCUGUAUGCCAAAAUGCAUGUCUGUCACUAUAGCCUUCGUCUCUGUGUGUCCCUACAUUUGUACUGCAAAGGGAAAAAAGUAACUUCAAACGGUAAUUGUGCAAUUGUUAAGAGUUAACCAGUGUGUCCCGAAAAAAGUCAUGCCGGUAAUGACAAUAUUGUGUACAUAUAUAAAUACAUAAAUAUUUUUUAGGCAAGUUUACCUGAAUCUGUGCAUUGUGUGCCUUAUUCAAUUAAAGAUGGUAAAUGUUGAAACUGUUCAUUUUUAUUGAACAUUAUGCACUGUGAUUACUAGAUUGCAGUGAGAAAUUGGAGUGGGCUGUGUUGAAAAAUUCUACUCUCAAAAACUGCAGGUUUGAGGAAAUAAGAGCUGAUUUAGUGACAAACAUUCCAUUUGAGGAUACGAGAUCAGUCCAAAUCACGAUGGCCUCACUUAAUUGACCUAAAGUUUAUUUUUUACAGUCUUCCCCUGUUAUACACUGCUUCACUAUGCACAGUCCUUGUGCUGAAACAGGGUGCGAAUCUGUGUCACCGAGGUGCCAUGCAGCGGGGGAGCUAUAAUAAUUGGGUGUGAGACAAACAUGCUCCUUUUCAUGCUGAACCGUUAGCCUGGUGGACUUGGAUUUUUAGCUGAAAUGGUGUUGCCGUUAAUUCAGUUCAUUUUAGCACUUUUAAAGGUCACUGUAACAAAUGUUAAUUGGGUAUACUGAUGUAGAGUCUGAACAGGUUCAUUGUUAAAGUACUUAACUGGAUAGGUGGUUUCCAGCAGACUUUUUCAAUUUGGUAUACAAAAAAAAGUAUAGUCCGUUCAAUUAUUUGAAGAGGUCAUUGCUACAUUUCAGUAUCUUACAGCUAAUUUGUACUUAAACUGAGAUGACGGUUGUCUGUAUGAACCCAAAGUUAUAUUUUGUUUACAAACAAUGAUUGUAUUUUUAAAAAUGCCUAGUCAUGAAGUUUGUCACAACCUGCAAAUAACAGGUUUUUGUACGGAGAGAGAGCCGUACAGGUAUUUGAUCCCAGGAAGUCUGUAUUGUCAAGCUUCCUUGUACAUUGCAAUAUGAAUUCAGUUUUUUAUUCUGAUUUCUUCAAGCCUUUACAUUUCAGUUGCAAUGCUUUGUGUGCAAAUAAACAGGAAAUUGUCAACAUUUCAUUUUUUUAAUGCUGUUCAAAUUGGCAGAUGGAAAACGGUUGUAUGUUUUACAGAGUAUUUUAACGUGUAGAUAUGUUGUAAACUUGUACUGUGAAUGUGUAAAUAAUUUUGCUUCCUUUUUUUUGUUUUUGUUUUUUAACACGGCAUGUAUAGUUGAAAUAAACAUAACUGCACAGAAA